GUUUCCUGUUGACGGAUGCAUUCUUGAUACUUGACGAGAUGUUGGAAUUUGGCUUGCUGGUGCCCGGGCCGACCGACGCGAGAGACACCACGGACGACUCGGAUGACGACUCCUUGGGCGGCUUGAGUCGUUCCGACGACAGCGAGGCCGAAAGUGAGAAUCCCGAGGGCGAGCACGCUGUGGUACCAUAUCCGCCCCCCGUCUCGCCACGGCCUUCGGACUCUGAUGAGGUUGAGAAGCAUUCCUCCUCCGACUCAGAACCGGAAGAGAAGCACUCCCCUGACUCAGAGAAGAUUGAGAAGAUGUUCCGCGAUGCAGAGGCUGCGGAGAAGCAGGACAUAGAGAAGCACUCCCCCGACUCAGAGGACCUAGAGAAGCACUCCCCCGACUCAGAGGACAUCGAGAAGCACUCCGACGAAGAGCAGGACGUGUGUGGGUCAGAGAAGCAGUCGGAUCAUGCUGACUGGGGCAGGGCCAAGUCGAGUGCCAACUUGGGCGCUCUGUGUCCGCCUGAGAGUUCUGACGAUGAUACCAGUAGCGCGAGCGGGGCCGACGAGCGUGCCUUGGUGGAGGUCAAGAACGAGGACGACGAGAGUGUGGCCGGCAGUGACAGUGGCUCCGAUUCCGACUCCCAGGCCACCUUGGUGUUGGGUGAGUCCCGCAGGAAGAAGCAAAAGAUCAUGCCGGGUGACGUUGAUGCAAGCACGCGGUCACAGAUGGCUUCGCAUGACUUGCAGAGCGAGUUGUUCCACGCAGGGCAUCGUGCAGUGAGUGGCCGGUCGGCCAAGCCAUCGUCGACCGGGAUGAGAACUCUGCAGACCCCUGCGUGCAAGUCAAAAGGCUUGGCUAGCUUGGACGUCCUGACCCCGGAGCCAGUCCCCUCAAUGGCGAAGAAGAAGGUGCCCAAGACGACGAAGCCGUGUGCGGAUGAGAAGACGAAGAAGAAGCGCAAGCUUGCGUCAUUCAAGAGGCACAAUUCUCGAAAGGUGCUCAAGAAAGGGUUGAAGCAACGUGUCAGAUCCAACAUCAAGGCUUUGAAGGCUUUGAAGAAGAAGGAGAAGGCCAGGGCAGCAGAGUGCCCGGCACAUCAUGAGGCAGGGUCCGGUGAUUCGGGUGAGGCUGUGACUUCGGAUGAUACGUAUCAUGGAUACUGUUUGAAGCACCUGCCUCUUGCUACGCGUCCCCAGCUCAGAAAAAACACUGGGAAGCAUAGCUACUCGCUGAAAUCAGCGACGGGCCGUGGCACCAUAGAGGUGCUGUUGCGGCAUCGCGCGUUUAUGGUUAAGAUUGUAGAUGAUGCUGCUCCUGGCCCAAAGGGCCAAGUCAGCUGGAGCAAAAAUGAGCCCGCAGAUGCGUGGCAGAUUGCCAAGGAGAGGGCGGGAUACGUAGAGCCGUAA